AUGACCAUUACCGCCCGCGUCGCCGUCACUGGCUUUCUUUCGGUCUCCUGCUUCAAACGGACCGUCGUCGACAAUACCGCUCAGGUCCUGUCCGAAACAGAGAAGGUUUCAGCUGGCCUCAUCGCAUACUCUGUCUGCAUGUCGACCAUCACGCUUGUUCUCGCCGCCGACGCAGCUGCACAGAGGAUUCUCAGCAAGGACGCCAAGGACAUGCCCGCCGCUCCGAAGGACGCCGACGCCAACCUUAAUCCUGUAUCCCAUAAUGACAACACCGCCCCCGCUACGCCUCCAUCUCCUUCGCGUUUAAUCGAAUCACAGCCAUCUCCAGCUCCAUCAUUGCGUUUAAUCAAACCACAGCCACCUCCAUCUCCAUCUCCAUCUCCAUCUCCAUCUCCAUCUCCAUCGCGUUUAAUCGAAUCACAGCCGUCUCAAUCUCUAGCAUCUUCUUCGCAUAUAAUCGCAUCAACGGAAACAAUAUCCGCUCCAAUCACCUGUACUUGUACGCCUUGCAUCAAUCUCACUUCGCCGAACCUCUACUGCAAACGUCUGUCCACUGAUUCCAACAUCACACUCCUACCCUGCGACCACGACUUCAUUACCAAUGACUGUAAAUCAUUUGAGGAGCAAAACUCGCAGGACGAUUGCUCUGACCCUCAGCCGCUCAACAUCCUAAUUUCACCAAUGAAGGCUCUCACUCUCGAUGACCCGCCACGCCCGUUAAAGCUUCGACCACUCAUUCUAGUCAUCAAGCGCAACACGACAACUACUACUCCGUAUCCUCCGCUCCCUGAACUCGCAUAUCCUAUGGGCGCAUCGACCCGACGUAUGCAGGCGCGCCCUCUCUCCGAUAGUCGACCUCAGGCUAGCGAUCCUGGCGUCCCCCUUCCUGGAUGCCCCAUAGACGCCUUUACUCGAAGCAUGGAGCCACUCGCUCUCUCCGAUCGCCCGUCUUCCACCUCAAAGCUGAGGCCUCUAUUUCUGGUUACGAAGCACGCAGCUGGUCGACUCAAGCCUCUCGCUACUAAGCUUCGACCACUCAUUCUAGUCAGCAACCGCAACACGAUAACCACUCGCCCGUCUUCCACCUCAAAGCUGAAGCCUCUAAUUCUGGUUACGAAGCACGCAGCUGGUCGACUCAAGCCUCUCGCUCCUACUAGCACUCUACUUCGACAGCCUAUGACCAAAUCGACAACGCGGACCCAGACAUAUUCACUAUCCCCUACGACCUGGAGCCCACCAGCCCAAGUGUUUUAA